GACGUAUAAAAGUCAGAGGGUAUUCCUCUGAGCGCUGACCUCCCCAGUAACCGAAGACGUUGCGAGUUGCUCAGAUCCAGGUUGCUGGUCGCUGGAUAGCAUCUCUCCUUGCAUACGUUUAGGACAUAGACCAAACGAGGCAUCGGGAGUGGACUGCUGAAUCUUAGUAAAUAUGCGUGGCUACGAAUUUCUCUUGGUACUAUCCUUGGUUGCAGCCAGCUGGGCGCUUCCAGGAAGUACCCCGGCGUCUGUGGAUAGACGACAGCUACCCAAGAACCCCGCCGGGGUCAAGACCAUUACAACCGCAAACAAUGUCACCAUCCGGUACAAGGAACCCGGUGCAGAGGGUGUCUGCGAAACUACCCCAGGUGUCAAAUCCUACUCGGGAUAUGUCGACACUUCUCCCGAGUCCCAUACCUUCUUCUGGUUCUUCGAAGCUAGGCAUAACCCCGAGACUGCACCUAUCACAUUGUGGUUGAACGGUGGCCCUGGGAGCGAUUCAUUGAUCGGUCUUUUCGAAGAGCUGGGCCCUUGCCAUGUCAAUUCGACUUUUGAUGAUUACAUCAACCCUCACUCGUGGAACGAGGUCUCCAAUUUACUAUUUCUGUCCCAGCCGUUGGGAGUUGGGUUUUCUUAUAGUGAUACGGUUGAUGGGUCCAUUAACCCUGUCACUGGGGUCGUCGAAAAUUCGAGCUUCGCAGGAGUUCAGGGCCGCUACCCAACUAUUGAUGCUACUUUGAUUGAUACUACCACUCUUGCCGCAGAGACCGCUUGGGAGAUCCUUCAAGGAUUCCUUGGUGGACUGCCGAACUUGGAUUCUAGGGUGCAGUCUAAGGACUUCAGUCUAUGGACGGAGAGCUACGGAGGGCACUAUGGUCCUGCAUUCUUCAAUUAUUUCUAUGAGCAGAAUGAGAGAAUCGCCAAUGGUACUACUGAUGGUGUUCAGCUUAAUUUCAACUCUCUGGGAAUUAUCAACGGCAUCAUCGACGAGGCGAUCCAGGCCCCUUACUACCCUGAGUUCGCCGUGAACAACACAUAUGGUAUUAAAGCUGUCAACGAGACUGUCUACAACUAUAUGAAGUUUGCCAACCAAAUGCCAAAUGGUUGCCAGGAUAUGAUUUCCACUUGCAAACAAACCAACCGCACCGCAUUAGCUGACUACGCCCUCUGCGCUGAAGCGACCAACAUGUGCAGGGACAAUGUUGAGGGGCCAUACUACGCUUUUAGUGGUCGUGGUGUGUAUGAUAUUCGGCAUCUAUACGAUGACCCGACUCCGCCAAGUUAUUACAACAAAUUUCUGGCGAAGGACUCUGUCAUGGACGCCAUCGGCGUUAACAUCAACUACACCCAGUCCAACAAUGAUGUUUACUACGCCUUCCAGCAAACUGGCGACUUUGUCUGGCCCAACUUCAUCGAGGACCUUGAGGAGAUCCUCGCUCUCCCUGUGCGUGUCUCCCUCAUCUAUGGCGACGCCGACUAUAUCUGCAACUGGUUCGGCGGCCAGGCCGUAUCCCUCGCCGCAAACUACUCUCACGCCGCUCAGUUCCGAAGCGCAGGGUACACGCCCCUGACAGUCAAUGGUAUCGAGUAUGGGGAAACUCGCGAGUAUGGUAAUCUUUCCUUCACUCGUGUCUUUGAGGCAGGCCAUGAAGUUCCGUACUACCAGCCCAUCGCCUCACUACAAUUGUUUAACCGGACUAUCUUUGGUUGGGAUAUCGCUCAGGGCCAGAACAAGGUCUGGCCCAGCUACAAGACGAAUGGAACGGCCACGGCUACACAUACCCAGUCAUCUGUGCCGCUGCCUACGGCUACCGACAUGUCCAGUGCUGGUGUCAUAUGAAUACACUAUGGCAUAGUAUAUGACGAGACGGUUGAAACAUUAUGACGUCAUGAUACCUGAUGCAUAAAUGUAAGGAUGUAAUUUUCACGUCGGUGCACAUGUACAUACACAUGGACCGAAGUUUGUCUGGAAAGGCACAGUAACAACACUAUCAUUCUUUUGCCACUUCGAGACGUGCCAUGGGAGCCAGUGGUACGGGCACGUAACUCUGUUAACGGGAACC